CCAAAUGGGAGGAAGUCGUUCAUUUCCGGUUAAUGAAAAUGUAAACUCCAUUACUGCAAAAGCCUUAACUACCCCGGAACAUUUAUAGUGAUUGUGUUUAUGUCUGUGUGUUUUAGGUUAAAAUGCGUGGAAUGGUGCGUUGUAUGUUAUAGUGCUCUGCUAGAAGUAUGUGUUCGGGAGAAGCGUGUACAUGUCAGCAGAGAAGCCACUAAAAUAACAGAUAGCCUCGUAGCUAACCAAAGGCUAACUGCCUGAAACUAGUGCAAUUGUUUUCAUUAUCCCCGAUAAUCACUUACGUAAUUUAGGUUUUCGCCGGACAUCAGUCAAAAUGCGGAGAGGAGUUGGAGCUGGAGCUAUUGCCAAAAAGAAACUGGCAGAGGCAAAAUACAAGGAAAGAGGAAAUGUUCUUGCUGAGGAUCAAAUUGUACAGAUGUCCAAGCAGCUAGAAACCUUUAAAUCGAACCUGGAGGAAUUUGCCAGCAAACACAAACAAGAGAUCAGAAAAAGCCCACACUUCAGGGUUCAGUUCCAGGAAAUGUGUGCCACCAUCGGAGUUGACCCACUUGCCUCUGGCAAAGGUUUUUGGUCUGAGAUGCUUGGAGUUGGAGACUUCUAUUAUGAGCUUGGUGUACAGAUUAUUGAAGUGUGUCUGGCCCUGAAACACAGAAAUGGAGGACUUAUUACUUUGGAUGAACUCCAUCAGAGAGUACUGAAAGGGAGAGGUAAAUACGCUCAGGAAGUGAGCCAAGAUGAUUUGGUGAGAGCCAUUAAGAAACUGAAGGUGAUGGGAAAUGGCUUUGGGAUGAUUCCUGUGGGUGGUUCUUACUUGGUGCAAUCUGUCCCAGCAGAGCUCAACAUGGACCAUACAGUGGUUCUGCAGUUGGCUGAGAAAAAGGGAUAUGUCACAGUGAGUGAGAUCAAGGGCAGCCUGAAAUGGGAGAAGGAACGAGCUUGUCAUGUCCUGGAUCACCUGCUGAAAGAAGGCUUGGCCUGGUUGGACUCUCAGGCAGCUGGAGAAGCACAGUACUGGCUCCCUGCUCUCUUCUCUGAGCUCACAUCCCGCGAUGUCACACCAGAGGAGGCCAAUCAGAUGACACCUUAAAAAAAAAAAAGAGUAAAGAUGGAAUGACCUGGACCACGAGCUGCUGACAGAUUGAGAGAGAUAUUGGUAAACAAAAUGUGCCUGGCGUGGAGGCACAUGUACAGGGGUUGGCUUGCUUACUGGAGGUGGCAGGCUGGUUGACCUUCCACUGAGAUGUUUUUGUGGCAACAAGAAACAAACUUUACUCUUUGGGCUCUCAAUGGCAACUUCUAUGCAGCAAGUGCACUUCUAUGCAGCAAGUACUUUCAAAGACAAUUUCCAAAGAGAUUUCCUUCACACAGCAUAUUAAAUUCAUUGUAAGUCA